UCUCUGGCGAGAGCUGCUGAGCCUCCUUGCAGCCUAAGAGGGCUGUCUGAUGGUCCUCAGCUCAACAGAGCUGGGGAUGUAAAUAUUGGUGGGAUCUUUUCCUUCCACAACAGCUGGGACACGACGACACACACGUUUACAUCCGGGCCGAGGCAACCAAAAUGCAAAAGUUUGAGUCUGAGAGAAUUUCAAAAUGCCCAAACGAUGGUGUUUGCCAUUGAGGAGAUCAAUAACAGAUCUGAUAUUCUUCCUGGUGUCAGUCUGGGUUAUAAAAUCUAUGAUUCUUGUGGAUCUGUACAAAUGGCCUUAAGAGCUUCCUUGUCUUUAGUUAACGGCCAAACAGAGCAGAAUACAACGACCUGCUCCAAACCUGAAACAGUUCAAGCAAUCAUAGCAGAAACAUCAUCUACUCCUUCCAUUGCCAUUUCUGCUACAGUUGGACCUUUGAACAUACCGGUGAUCAGUCACUUUGCAACAUGUGCCUGCCUGAGUGACAAAAACAAGCACCCGUCUUUCUUCCGAACGGUUCCCAGCGAUUACUACCAGAGCAGAGCGCUGGCCAAGCUGGUCAAGCACUUCGGCUGGACGUGGGUCGGAGCUCUGUGCAGCGAUAACGACUACGGUAACAAUGGCAUGAACACGUUCAUCAGCUCAGCCAAAGAAGAAGGAGUUUGUAUCGAGUACUCGAAGGCGUUCUUUAGAACGGACACGAGAGAAGAACUACAGAGGAUAGUGGAGAUCAUCAAGACCUCGAGCUCCAGGGUAAUCGUAGCUUUCGUCUCGUACUCUGACAUGGAGGUUCUUCUAAGAGAAAUGGCCCUGCAAAACAUCACUGGCUUUCAGUGGAUUGGGAGCGAAUCCUGGAUCUCUGAUAUGAACAUCGCCACACCCGAAUGGCGACAUAUUCUAAAAGGGUCGAUGGGUUUUGCCAUUCCGAAAGCUAAAAUCCGAGGACUUGGGGAAUUUCUCUCCAAGCUUAACCCUUCCACUGAUGUAGAUCUUUAUCAGGAGCUGUGGGAGACGAUAUUCGAAUGUAAACUUCACACUCGAGAAAAUGUCCAGAUGACACGAUCGUGCUCAGGUAGUGAAGUUCUAAGUGAAGUGCAAAAUCAGUACACGGACGUUUCAGAGCUACAGAUUGCAAAUAACGUUUACAAGGCCGUGUACGCCGUGGCUUACGCCCUGCAUAACAGUUACGCCUGUUUAAAAAGGGACGGUGGAAAUGAGAGUCCUACCGUGUGUGCAAAUCCAACUGACAGCCUUCAACCUUGGCAGGUCCUCAGUGAGCUUAAGAAAAUUUACUUCUCCACUUCAACAAAUGAGGUGGUAUAUUUUGAUGAAAAUGGAGACCCAGCAGCAAGGUACGAUCUGCUGAACUGGCAGCAGGACCAGGAUGGUAGAACAGUGUUUGUUAAAGUGGGUUUCUACGAUGCUUCAUUAAAGGCGCAUCUUCAGCUUUCGUUUAACAACGUCAGUAUAGCCUGGGCCCACAACAAGCAAGAGGUUCCAGUCUCGGUGUGCAGCGAGAGCUGUCCUGUGGGCACCAGGAAGGCCGUGCAGAAAGGAAGGCCCAUCUGCUGCUACGACUGUAUACCAUGUGCAGAAGGAGAGAUCAGCAAUAUGACAGAUUCUGUAUCUUGCAUCAAGUGCCCACCUGAACUCUGGUCCAAUGACAGGAACGAUAUCUGUAUCCUAAAGCUGGUGGAGUUUCUGUCGUACGAGGAAAUAAUGGGGAUCAUUCUUGUGUCGUUUUCUUUGUUAGGAGUUUCGUUCACCAUCGCCGUCGCUGUAAUUUUCUUUACGUACAAGGACACACCGAUCGUCAGAGCCAACAACUCUGAGCUGAGCUUCCUGCUGCUCUUCUCUCUGACUCUGUGUUUCCUCUGUUCACUUACUUUCAUCGGUCGACCCUCGGAGUGGUCCUGCAUGCUGCGCCACACAGCGUUCGGGAUCACCUUCGUCCUCUGCAUCUCCUGUGUUCUGGGUAAAACAAUAGUGGUGUUGAUGGCGUUCAGAGCGACACUUCCGGGCAGUAACAUCAUGAAAUGGUUUGGGCCUCCACAGCAGAGACUCAGUGUUCUUGCUUUUACUUUAAUACAGGUUAUUAUUUGUGUGUGUUGGUUGACAAUAGCCCCUCCGUUCCCCUAUAAGAACAUGAACUAUUACAAGGACAGGAUUAUAUUAGAGUGUAAUGUAGGAUCAGCUGUGGGUUUCUGGGCUGUUCUGGGUUAUAUCGGGAUUUUGGCUCUUCUGUGUUUUGUUUUGGCUUUUUUAGCUAGAAAACUUCCUGAUAAUUUUAAUGAAGCUAAAUUUAUUACCUUCAGCAUGUUGAUAUUCUGUGCAGUUUGGAUCACUUUUAUUCCAGCGUAUGUCAGUUCACCUGGUAAAUUUACUGUCGCUGUGGAGAUUUUUGCUAUUCUGGCCUCAAGUUUUGGUUUGCUGUUCUGUAUUUUCCUUCCUAAAUGUUACAUAAUCAUCCUGAAACCUGAGAAGAACACCAAAAAACAACUGAUGGGAAAAUAA